UUCCUUUCAAACCCUAAAAAUUUAAUAAAACAAAAAGAAAAGAGAGAGAGAGAGAGAGAGAGAGUUGAAGAGGGAGAGAAAGACCAAAGAACAGAAUAAAUUAAAACACACAUAUACAUACAGAGACCCUCCUUUAUCUUUCCUUCUCCACUGGCCUCUCUGCAACUCUCUCUUCUUGAUGUGAUUCUCCACCAUAUCUCUCAAAGAAAAAAUUAAAAAGGAAAAAACCCAUCGACCUUUACUAAAGAAAGAGAGGAUUAAAGCUCAAGCACCAUGGUCUUCUCUUCCAUUCCAGUCUAUCUAGAUCCACCCAACUGGCAGCAGCAGCCUAAUCAGCAACCGGGAGCUGGAGGAGAAAACCCUCAACUUCCAUCGCCGCCUCCGCCCUCUGGAGGUGGUGGGGGUAGUAGCUCUGGAGCAAUCAGGCCUGGCUCGAUGUCUGAACGAGCUAGACUGGCAAAGAUUCCCCAGCCCGAAGCAGCCCUUAAAUGUCCGAGAUGUGAAUCAACAAAUACUAAAUUUUGUUACUUCAAUAAUUAUAGCCUUUCUCAGCCUCGCCACUUUUGCAAGACCUGCAGGCGGUACUGGACGAGAGGAGGUGCACUAAGGAACGUACCGGUUGGUGGCGGAUGUCGAAGAAAUAAAAGGAGUAAAGGUAGUAGAUCGAAAUCUCCGAGUAAAGCUGGGUCUAGCUCCAGUAGUGGACUUGUUUCUAAUAGUUGCACCACUGAUGUUAUAGGGCACAUGGCCCCUCCACCACCACAAUUGCCAAUCUUGCCACCUUUACAUCAUCUUGGUGACUACAAUUCCACAGACAUCGGGUUAAAUUUUGGUGGAAUUCAGCCUCCGGUGGCGGCGACAGCUGGUGGAGGUGGUGGUAUGGAGUUUCAGAUUGGAAGUACCAGUUCAGGUGGUGCUGGUGGUUCUUUAUUAUCUACUGGACUUGUUGAUCAGUGGAGAUUUCAACAAGUUCAGCAAUUCCCUUUCUUGGCUAAUUUAGAACCACCAACUGGGUUGUAUCCAUUUGAAGGUGAAGGGGUUGAGCCUCCAAAUUACGUUGGUCAGCUUCGGUCUAAGCCGUUGGACAGUGGAGUAACUCAGCAAGCCCCCGUAAAAAUGGAAGAAAAUCAAGGAUUGAAUUUGUCAAAGAAUUUUUUGGGUAUUACAGGAAGUGAUCAAUAUUGGGGUGGCAAUGCAUGGACUGAUCUUCCUGGUUUCACUUCCUCUUCCACAAGCCAUCUCUUGUGAUGGUUCUUAUAAUCUCUUCAAAGCUCUCCCAACCAAAAUCUUGGUGUUUUUUCACUGAAUUAAUACAGGUUCCACUAAAAGAUUAAAUCGACUCACCAAAGACACAGAUACCACCCCCAUGACCCUAACUUUGCAAGCUUCCAAUCGAACCCAAGAGUCUAAUCAAGAAGAUGGUGAUCAAUAGGAAGGAUGGAUGGAUCAAAGAACUUCUCUAGCUCUCCCUCUCUCCCUCUCUCUCCAUGAUCUACCAAAAGAAGUUAGAAAUGGUAGGCUUCUAGUCUUGAAAUUUAUUUGCUUGUUAUUUUUUUGUUUAUCUUGUAUUCUAUGGGUAUGUUUACAGAAGUAGCGUCUAUAUGUGUUCAUGGAGUUGGAUAUAUAUAUCUGACAUGAAGGGUUUAUAUUGUUAUAAUUUGAUCAAAUCAUGCACUGCACUAAGUGAUUUUCCUUGA